AUGGUCAACGUACCAAGCUUAUCCAAUGUCACUCAACCACCAUCCUAUCAUCCUCAUCAUAGCAAAAUGGAUGUGUUCAUCAAGUUUUAUUCUUUGAUAGGACCAAGAAAAGCUCUCUUUUGUAUCAUGUCCGCUGUUGUCUUUCGUGAUCUCAAGACGAUCCCCACGCCUUCUGGUUGGACACCCGAAGUGAAGUACAUUGACAAGUUGCUAUGGUCACCGAAAAUACCUCCUGAAGUGCGCAUGAGCUUUGAGCCCAAGGUGCCCAAGAAUGCCGAUGCAGUACAAAGCCCCCGUUUCCUUGCCGACAAUGUCAAUGUGCGUGGUACUCAAUUCGCAGGCAUCAAAGAACAACGACGCAAUGUCAAGAUCAAGCGUAUCACGGAUCCCAAACAUCCAUGCUGUGGUGCUUAUGGGUUGUUUGCUGCUCAGACCUUACAGCCACGCCAGUUGAUCCUCGAUUACUUGGGUGUUGUAGAAUACAAGACGUAUGAUCCAACGUCCGACUAUGUCCUCCGCUUAGGCACUGAUUUAUCGGUGGAUGCUGCAAAGUAUGGAAACGAAGCACGGUUUUGUAAUGAUUUUCGUGGCGUUGGACCAGGUCCCAAUGUGUGCUUUUUAAACUACAUGGAUGAACGAACACGGCAAGUGCGUGUGGGUAUCUUUGUGCUUGGUAACAGCAAGAUCAAAAAGGGAGAAGAAUUGCUCGUGACUUAUGGCAAAUCAUUCUGGACAAAGCGAGGCAUGGAUAUCCAUCAACAAAAUCAUUCACAACGACGAUAG